UUCUUGAUUCCAUGGGGUAUAAAAACAGCGAGACAACUGGCAAAGUCAAUUCGUUUUUUACUGAUAUCCAAACCAUUCGAAUCAAGAUGAGAUCCCUUCUAGUGAUUUGUGUACUGGCUCUGGCUUCUCCUGCUAUCUUAGCACGCACCAUGGAUCGGUGUUCCUUGGCCCGGGAAAUGUCCAAUCUCGGGGUUCCCCGUGACCAAUUGGCUCGCUGGACCUGCAUUGCGGAGCACGAGAGCUCCUACCGAACCGAGGUGGUGGGUCCGCCCAACUCCGAUGGAUCCAACGACUAUGGGAUCUUCCAGAUCAACGACCUCUACUGGUGCCAACCGCCCAGUGGCAAGUUCUCCCACAAUGGCUGUGGUCUCGGUUGCAAUGACCUCUUGACCGACGACAUCAGCAGGUCGGUGAAGUGUGCCCAAACUGUCCUGGGUCAACAGGGCUGGUCAGCCUGGUCAGUCUGGCACUUCUGCAGUGGAGACCUGCCUUCCAUCGAUGAUUGCUUCAAAUAGAGAAGUAAAUUCGUAGGGGAAGAAUUUAUUAAAUGCUGAAAGUAUUGACAUACCCUUUAUCUUUU